AUGGCCAAGGUGGGAGGAAGUGCACCGCCAAUUAUGUCGAUGCGGCAAGCAAGAUUACGUCCUUUCAGUGUGCUUGUGGACAAUGUUCGAACAGCCAGCCGCCGCCGUAUCGUCGAUGAGUUUGAGACAUCGAUUUCACACGUGUCGAGUGGGGAACUUCACUCCGUCAGGGAGUUGGAGUUUGACAGAGGAUUAAUUAUCGUCAUCGGCGCCUCGAGAAAGAUCCAAGGCUAG